AUGAAGAAAAUUUAUGGAUAAAUGCACAAACAUCUUGAUAUCUACUAGAUUUAUAAGGAUCUAAUUUUAUUGAAGAAAGCUAUGAUGAUUAUUUUAGAUUAAGAAUAGUUGGCUGCUCUGCAACUAGUAGGUUGCUCAACAGAGUUUCUUGAAAUUGAUGACUUCGAUGAAAGCUAAAACAUUAAAAAAAUGAUUUAAUAAAAUAGAUUGAGUCAUUUUGAGAAAAGCCAAGCUCUUUCUGAUAACCUUGAUUUACAAUAAGAGUUUAUAAAAAACUUUUAUUAAAAAUGUAAAAAUAAGCCAUAAAUUUCAGAAAUUGAUAAAAGAAUAUUAUCAUCUAUUGUAUUCAAAGAUAGAUUAAGUUGA